UAUGGUCUCAUAAAUCGAUAUUUGAUAGUGUGAUGUGAGCUCAACACUGAACAUUUAAUCAUUUCGUGCAAGUCAUACGUCACGGUCCAUAUUUUUGUGCAUCAGAUCCAUUUUUCGGACACGUCAAUAAAUUACUUGUGUGGAACCUUGUAAAUUGAUUGUUUUGUCCUCAAACUAUGAAUGAUAACUCGAAUUUCUGUUCUAAAUUGGAGAAUCUGAAAGGAUCGGUGACUUACAAAUGCUUGGAACAGUCAAAUGGUCGAUUUACAGUAACUGUCGCCGUCGACGAUGACUUGCAUUUCGGAUAUGGAUUUUCGUUAGAGACCGCAAAAAAUCAAGCCGCAGCUAGCGCCUUACUGAAUCUGAACACCGACAAGAAAAUUGGCGAAAAUCGGAAUGCAUUUUAUUUGCUGAAAGAAAAACGAAGAGGACUCAUUUUUCAGUCGAUCCGAAAGAAUAAGGGAUUAUUUGACGUGUCUGUUCAGGUGGACUUUGUCAAAUACUUUGGAAGAGGUGAAACGCAAUCGAAAGCAAACAAUGUGUGUGCAACGAAGGUGCUAGCUGCUUUUGAGUCCGGUGACCAUGAGAGAAGCACACAAACAUUAUACAAAAAUGCGUUCAAAAAACUCAGUGAGAUGUACGGUAAUUUACUGUACCGUACCCUUAGCACUGAUGACACUGAUGGAGAAGAUAAAUGUGAAGUUCAUGUGAAUAUCGAUGGUAUUGACUACUUUGGCGAAGGAGAAAGUAUAAGUGAAGCGAAAAAUGACGCUGCCUGGGCAGUUUUGAAAAGUGUUUGGAGCGGAGAUCAUAAGAAACAACUGAACGAAAUUGACGAGUAUUGGUACGACGAUGACGAUUACUCGUCGUCUGUAUCUUCAGAAUAUAAUUCAUGUGAUUGUUGCUGUCAUUCGUGUGGAUGUUGUUGAAGAGUGAUCAUGGAUUUUCAAGUCAAUUUGAUUCUUAAAGUCGAUUUAUUUUUCUCGUGUUUUCACUUUUAUUUUUUGUAAACUUUAUACUUCAAUUAAUGUAAAACGGCGUAACAACCAAAAUUUAUUAUGUAAAUAGAAUUAUGUUCCACACAA